CUCGCGUAUUUGAGGACAGCCCAUCUCCCUUCCAGAACCCUACGGAGAGAGGGACUGCAUCUCCGCAGCGAGCUCGAGGAGCGCCGCCGGCCGGGAGGCGAAGGAUGCUCGCGGCUCCGCGCGCCGGCUGCGGGGCAGCGCUCCUGCUGUGGAUUGUCAGCAGCUGCCUCUGCAGAGCCUGGACGGCUCCCUCCACGUCCCAAAAAUGUGACGAGCCCCUUGUCUCUGGACUCCCCCAUGUGUCUUUCAGCAGCUCCUCCUCCAUGUCUGGUAGCUAUUCUCCCGGCUAUGCCAAGAUAAACAAGCGAGGAGGUGCUGGGGGAUGGUCUCCAUCAGACAGUGACCAUUAUCAAUGGCUUCAGGUUGACUUUGGCAAUCGGAAGCAGAUAAGCGCCAUUGCAACCCAAGGAAGAUAUAGCAGCUCAGAUUGGGUGACCCAAUACCGGAUGCUCUACAGCGACACAGGGAGAAACUGGAAACCCUAUCAUCAAGAUGGGAAUAUCUGGGCGUUUCCUGGAAACAUUAACUCUGAUGGUGUGGUCCGCCAUGAAUUACAGCAUCCAAUUAUCGCCCGCUAUGUGCGCAUGGUGCCUCUGGAUUGGAACGGAGAAGGCCGCAUUGGGCUCAGAAUUGAACUUUAUGGCUGUUCUUACUGGGCUGAUGUUAUCAACUUUGAUGGCCAUGUUGUGUUACCAUAUAGAUUCAGAAACAAGAAGAUGAAAACGCUGAAAGAUGUCAUUGCCUUGAAAUUUAAGACUUCUGAAAGUGAAGGAGUAAUCUUGCAUGGAGAAGGACAGCAAGGAGAUUACAUUACCUUGGAACUGAAAAAAGCCAAGCUGGUCCUCAGUUUAAACUUAGGAAGCAACCAGCUUGGCCCCAUAUAUGGCCACACAUCAGUGAUGACCGGAAGUUUGCUGGAUGACCACCACUGGCACUCUGUGGUCAUUGAGCGCCAGGGGCGGAGCAUUAACCUCACUCUGGACAGGAGCAUGCAGCACUUCCGCACCAAUGGAGAGUUUGACUACCUGGACUUGGACUACGAGAUAACCUUUGGAGGCAUCCCUUUCUCUGGCAAGCCCAGUUCCAGCAGUAGAAAGAAUUUCAAAGGCUGCAUGGAAAGCAUCAACUACAAUGGCAUCAACAUCACUGAUCUUGCCAAAAGGAAGAAAUUAGAGCCCUCAAAUGUGGGAAAUUUGAGCUUCUCUUGUGUGGAACCCUAUACGGUGCCUGUCUUUUUCAAUGCUACAAGUUACCUGGAGGUGCCCGGACGGCCUAACCAGGACCUGUUCUCAGUCAGUUUCCAGUUUAGGACGUGGAACCCCAAUGGUCUCCUGGUCUUCAGUCACUUUGCAGAUAAUUUGGGCAAUGUGGAGAUUGACCUCACUGAAAGCAAAGUGGGUGUUCACAUCAACAUCACACAGACCAAGAUGAGCCAAAUAGACAUUUCCUCAGGUUCUGGGUUGAAUGAUGGGCAGUGGCACGAGGUUCGCUUCCUGGCCAAGGAAAAUUUUGCUAUCCUCACCAUCGAUGGAGAUGAAGCAUCAGCAGUUCGAACUAAUAGUCCCCUUCAAGUUAAAACUGGCGAGAAGUACUUUUUUGGAGGUUUUCUGAACCAGAUGAAUAACUCAAGUCACUCUGUUCUUCAGCCUUCAUUCCAAGGAUGCAUGCAGCUCAUUCAAGUGGAUGAUCAACUUGUAAAUUUAUACGAAGUGGCACAAAGGAAGCCGGGAAGUUUUGCGAAUGUCAGCAUUGACAUGUGUGCGAUCAUAGACAGAUGUGUGCCCAAUCACUGUGAGCAUGGUGGAAAGUGUUCGCAAACAUGGGACAGCUUCAAAUGCACUUGUGAUGAGACAGGAUACAGUGGGGCCACCUGCCACAACUCUAUCUACGAGCCUUCCUGUGAAGCAUACAAACACCUAGGCCAGACGUCCAAUUACUACUGGAUAGAUCCUGAUGGCAGUGGACCUCUGGGGCCUCUGAAAGUUUACUGCAACAUGACAGAGGACAAAGUGUGGACCAUAGUGUCUCAUGACUUGCAGAUGCAGACGACUGUGGUCGGCUACAACCCAGAAAAAUACUCAGUGACACAGCUCGUUUACAGUGCCUCCAUGGACCAGAUAAGUGCCAUCACUGACAGCGCCGAGUACUGCGAGCAGUAUGUCUCCUAUUUCUGCAAGAUGUCAAGGUUGUUGAACACCCCAGAUGGAAGCCCUUACACUUGGUGGGUUGGCAAAGCCAAUGAGAAACACUACUACUGGGGAGGCUCGGGGCCUGGAAUCCAGAAAUGUGCCUGUGGCAUUGAACGUAACUGCACAGAUCCCAAGUACUACUGUAACUGCGACGCGGACUACAAGCAAUGGAGGAAGGAUGCUGGUUUCUUAACAUACAAAGAUCACCUGCCAGUGAGCCAAGUGGUGGUUGGAGAUACCGACCGGCAAGGCUCAGAAGCCAAAUUGAGUGUGGGUCCACUGCGCUGCCAAGGAGACAGGAAUUACUGGAACGCCGCCUCUUUCCCAAACCCAUCCUCCUACCUGCACUUCUCUACUUUCCAAGGGGAAACAAGUGCUGACAUUUCUUUCUACUUCAAAACAUUAACCCCCUGGGGAGUGUUUCUUGAAAACAUGGGAAAGGAAGAUUUCAUCAAGCUGGAGCUGAAGUCUGCCACAGAAGUGUCCUUUUCAUUUGAUGUGGGAAAUGGGCCAGUAGAGAUUGUAGUGAGGUCACCAACACCUCUCAACGAUGACCAGUGGCACCGAGUCACUGCAGAGAGGAACGUCAAGCAGGCCAGCCUGCAGGUGGACCGGCUGCCCCAGCAGAUCCGCAAGGCCCCAACAGAAGGCCACACCCGCCUGGAACUCUACAGCCAGUUAUUUGUUGGUGGUGCUGGGGGCCAGCAGGGCUUCCUGGGCUGUAUCCGCUCCUUGAGGAUGAAUGGAGUGACACUUGACCUGGAGGAAAGAGCAAAGGUCACGUCCGGGUUCAUAUCCGGGUGCUCGGGCCACUGCACCAGCUAUGGAACGAACUGUGAAAAUGGAGGCAAAUGCCUGGAGAGGUACCACGGCUACUCCUGCGAUUGCUCCAGCACUGCAUAUGACGGGACGUUUUGCAACAAAGAUGUUGGUGCAUUUUUUGAAGAAGGGAUGUGGCUACGAUAUAACUUCCAGGCACCAGCAAUCAAUGCCAGAGACUCCGGCAGCAGAGUAGAGAACUCUCCUGACCAGCAGAACUCCCACCCGGACCUGGCCCAGGAGGAGAUCCGCUUCAGCUUCAGCACCACCAAGGCGCCCUGCAUUCUCCUCUACGUCAGCUCCUUCACCACAGACUUCUUGGCAGUCCUCGUCAAACCCACCGGAAGCUUACAGAUUCGGUACAACCUGGGUGGCACCCGAGAACCAUACAAUAUUGAUGUAGACCACAGGAACAUGGCCAAUGGCCAGCCUCACAGUGUUAACAUCACCCGCCACGAGAGGACCAUCAUUCUCAAGCUCGAUCAUUAUCCUUCUGUGAGUUACCAUCUGCCAAGUUCAUCCGACACACUCUUCAACUCUCCCAAGUCGCUCUUUCUGGGAAAAGUUAUAGAAACAGGGAAAAUUGACCAAGAGAUUCACAAAUACAACACCCCAGGAUUCACUGGUUGCCUCUCCAGAGUCCAGUUCAACCAGAUCGCCCCUCUCAAGGCCGCCUUGAGGCAGACGAACGCCUCAGCUCACGUCCACAUCCAGGGCGAGCUGGUAGAGUCCAACUGCGGGGCCUCACCGCUGACCCUCUCCCCCAUGUCGUCCGCCACCGACCCCUGGCACCUGGAUCACCUGGAUUCAGCCAGUGCGGAUUUUCCAUAUAAUCCAGGACAAGGCCAAGCUAUAAGAAAUGGAGUCAACAGAAACUCGGCUAUCAUUGGAGGGGUCAUUGCUGUGGUGAUUUUCACCAUCCUCUGCACACUGGUCUUCCUGAUCCGGUACAUGUUCCGCCACAAGGGCACCUACCACACCAACGAAGCCAAGGGGGCCGAGUCGGCAGAGAGCGCGGACGCUGCCAUCAUGAACAACGACCCCAACUUCACAGAGACCAUUGAUGAAAGCAAAAAGGAAUGGCUCAUUUGAGGGGUGGCUGCUUGGUGAUGGGAUAGGGAGGAGGGAAUUACUAGGGAGGAGAGAAAGGGACAAAAGCACGCUGCUUCAUACUCUUGAGCACAUCCUUAAAAUAUCAGCACAAGUUGGGGGAGGCAGGCAAAGGAAUAUUCUUGAGACUGAUCACCAC